AUGGACCCGUCUCAGAACAAAUUUCCUGCCCCAGAACGCAUCCGUUGGGAUGACGAUGAGGAAGCCGGCAAGAAGGCUCGCCCGGCCCUGCGUCGUGGUCUGUCUACCGAUUCUCUCGCCGUACACUCCAUCCGAUCGAGGCGUAACUCGAUCGAUGCUGCGGCCGCUCUCCCCGUGCAGUAUCGUACUGUCUCCAUCGACAUUGACGAUUACAACAAGCAACAGGGACAGCAGAAGAAAGUGAAUGCUGCUACAACAGAGGUUGCACAGCUCGACUGGCACACGCUCUCUCCCGAAGAGAUCCUGCGUCGACUCUCUUCCUCUCGCACCGAAGGUCUCUCCCCCGAUCAAGUCGCUCGCCGCGUGGCACACUAUGGCAAGAAUGCCCCCUCCGAUCCUCCUACACAUCAUACGCGCAAGUUCCUUGGCUACUUCUUCAAAGGCUUCGGUCCCAUUCUCCUCAUUGCUGCCAUCCUUGUGUUUAUCGCCUGGCGGCCCCUGGGCAAGCCCCCGGCGCCGGCUAACCUGGCCCUCGCCAUCGUCCUGCUCGCUGUCUUCUUUAUCCAGGCCGCCUUCAACAUGUGGCAGGAUUGGUCUUCGUCCCGUGUCAUGGCCUCCAUCAAGACGAUGCUACCUGACCACUGUCUUGUCACGCGUGAUGGCGCCCAGUUGACACUGCUGGCCGAAGAGAUCGUGCCUGGCGACAUCCUGACCAUCAAGAUGGGCAACAAACUGCCUGCUGAUGUUCGCUUCAUCGGUGCUUCGUCUGAUGCUCGCUUUGAUCGUUCCAUUCUGACUGGUGAAUCGGUUCCUCUUGCUGCUACUGUCGACUCGACGAACGAAAAUUACCUCGAGACACGCUGUAUCGGUCUUCAAGGCACGCACUGCGUGUCUGGCACCUGUAUCGGUGUUGUCGUGGCUACUGGUGACAAGACAAUUUUUGGCCGCAUCGCCAAGUUGACCAACGAGCCCAAGAAGGGGUUGACGACACUUGAGCGCGAGGUGCUUCACUUUGUGCUCAUCAUCUGCGCCGUCAUGCUUUCGGUUAUUGUUCUUGUGAUAAUCAUCUGGGCCUCUUGGCUUCGACGAGACUAUCCCGACUGGAUCAACGUUCCCAACCUCAUCAUAUCCUGCGUAUCGGUGGCUGUGGCCUUUAUUCCCGAGGGUCUUCCCGUGGCUGUCACAGCGAGCAUGACCAUCAGUGCCAACAUGAUGCGCAAGAACAAGAUCCUCUGCAAGUCUCUCAAGACGGUUGAGUCCCUUGGCUCCGUGUCUGUCAUUUGUUCCGACAAGACGGGCACGCUGACGCAGAACAAGAUGACCGUCAUCGACUGCGCCCUCGGCAACGAACGCAUGUCGGUGAAGCAGGCCCACGAUGCCCUUGUCCUCAACCAGGCACAGAAUCCAUCGGGAACCCACAACGCCCUUGACCAGCUUCGUUCCCUCGCCGGCCUGUGUAACGCUGCCGAGUUUGACGCCGCAACCCGUCGCUUGCCGGUCGAGCAGCGCACCAUCUACGGUGAUGCCACGGAUCAAGCCAUCCUCCGCUUCUCUGAGCAGCUAGGUUCUGUCGCCGAACUCCGUCGAUGCUGGCAAACAAAGUACGAGCUUGCGUUCAACAGCAAGAACAAGUACAUGAUCAGGGCACUCGGCCUCGUGCAUCCUGAUGGAAAGUCAAUGUCCCUACCUUCGGACACGGCUGCCGUGUUUGAGCCUGCCGAUAUCCUGUUGACCAUCAAGGGUGCCCCCGAGAUUCUCCUGCAGCGCGCCACGCACUAUGUCAGCCCGACAGGAUGCGUUCGCGACCUUGACCAGGCUGCGAGGGCUAGCCUCGAGACGACCAAAGAUCAAUGGUCGGCCCAGGGUCGCCGUGUCAUCCUUCUGGCGCGCAAGGUUGUUUCUCGCUCGACUCUCGGUUCUGAAAUGUCCCCUUCCUUCGAGGCGGGCAUCAACGAACAGGCCAAGUCCGGCCUGACCGUUGUCGGCCUCGUCGGCAUCGUUGACCCCCCUCGCGUUGAGAUUCCUGACGUCGUCGAGACUCUGCGCGGCGCUGGUGUCCGCAUCUUCAUGGUGACGGGCGACUUUGCCCUGACGGGCCAGGCCAUUGCCACCGAGUGCGGCAUCAUCACGUAUCCUCCCUCGCAAAUCGACAGCGUAUCGGCCCUCGAGCGUGUGACGACCGUGGACCCCUCGCUCAAGGGAGCGUUUGUCGGCAGCGGUGGCGAUGAGCCCAACAUCCCGCGCAACGCCAUUGUACUGUCUGGACCUGACCUGAUCACGCUCAACGACGCACAGUGGGAUCAGCUGACGAGCUACACGGAGAUUGUCUUUGCUCGUACGACGCCCGAGCACAAGCUGCGUAUCGUGCGCGAGUUCCAGGCGCGCAAGCAGACGGUGGCCAUGACGGGUGACGGCGUCAAUGAUGCUCCCUCUCUGCGGGCCGCCGACGUAGGAGUGGCCAUGGGCUCGGGCAGCGACGUCGCCAUCGAGGCGGCCGAUAUGGUGCUCCUCGACGACACGUUCGCAAGCAUUGUCGAGGCGCUGCGCUACGGUCGCAUGAUGUUUGACAACCUCAAGAAGACGGUGGCCUAUCUGCUCCCUGCUGGUAGCUUCAGCGAGUUUUGGCCCGUCAUGGCCAACGUGCUCUUCGGCCUCCCGCAGAUCCUCAGCAGCUUCCUCAUGAUCAUCAUCUGUCUGUUCACCGACGCCGCCGCCGCCAUCGCGCUCGCCUACGAGGCGCCCGAGGCCGACGUGCUCGUGCGCAAGCCUCGCGUUCCCGGCAAGGACCGUCUCGUCGACUGGAAGCUCAUCGCGCAGGCCUACGGCGUCGUCGGCAUGCUCGAGACGCUGGCGUCGUUCGCCAUGGCCUUCUGGUACCUCGAGCGCAACGGCAUCCACUUCUCGGACCUCUGGUUCUCUUUUGGCGUGCUGCCCGACACGAUUGACAAGGACUUUUACGCGCAGAAGCUCAACGUCGCGAGCUCCAUCUACUUUGUCAACCUCGUCGUCAUGCAGUGGUUCAACCUGCUCGCUGUCCGCACCCGUCGCCUGUCGCUCUUCCAGCACCCGCCCUUCUUCAACGCGAGCACCCGCAACAUCUACCUGCUGCCGGCCGUGCUCUUCGCUCUCGGCAUGGCCCUCUUCUGGCUGUAUGUGCCCGAGUUCCAGCGCGUCGUUGGUACGGCUGUUGUGCCUGUCGAGUACUGGUUCCUGCCCAUGAGCUUCGGACUGUUCGUGCUCGGCGUUGACGAGGCGCGCAAGUACGCUGUGCGCACGUGGCCCAAGGGUUUCUUCGCCCGGACGGCGUGGUAA